CGUGGUUCAAAACAUUGUUGUUUAUGCUCCACCAACCCCUUGUCCGUGCCGCACACGCCCGAGUCUCGCCUUAAACCUCCACAACGUGUAGAUCCCACCACUUGCCCAGUUUUCGCGUAGAAAGCCCGCAACCCGACCCGUGCCUGGAAACUAAACGCCUCAGCUGUCUUUCACGUCGUUGUCGUAAAAACAGCGAUGGACGCGUCCGACGAAGGCGUGCCUGAUCUCUGUCCGAACAAAAUGGACACUUGUGACAGUGAAGAUGAUGACAACUCCGAUACUUGGGACGAGACGGACACUCCUAACUGCCAACUGACCAAAUGCCUCUUUUGCUCCAAAGUUUUCACAAUUGUUGAAGAAGCACUGGAACAUGCCACCAAAGACCACAAUUUAGAUCUCCCCACUCUGAAAAGACGAUUUGAUAUGGACUGUUAUUCAUUUAUAAAAAUGAUCAAUUACCUGAGGUUACAUUCUAUGAGUGCCAGUGACUUAAUGUCAACUAAGCAAUCAGUUUGGGAUGAUGACAAGUAUAUGAAACCCACCCUGGAGGAUGACCCAUGGCUUAUGUAUGAUUUUGAUGAUGUUGAAACUCCACAUUCCUCAAUGAUACCUGGGGAUGGAAGUGGAGGAUUUCUGGCAAAUGCAGAAAACGGCAUUGUCACCUUGUCUGAACAUCAUUUUGCUGAGCUUCAGAAAAAAAUACAGGCAUUGUCUGUUGAGGUUCGUGUGAAGAACUCUCUUCUUGAAGCAGCUGCUGAUGAUAUGAAGCGAAUGCGAGCUGUUACGCAAGAGCUUGUUGAAGGGCCCAAUUCUCAGUCAGCUGGUGAUAAGCAGGUUGACAGGAAAGUGGCCUGUCUGUCCAUCACUGAAGAUCAAAGCUAUUUUGACUCAUAUGCUCAUUUUGGGAUACACCUUGAAAUGUUGUCUGAUGUUGUGAGAACUUCCAGCUACCGUGAUGCUUUGCUUAAAAAUUCCGCUGUGAUAAAUGGCAAAGUAGUUUUGGAUUUAGGUUGUGGGUCCAGUAUAUUAUCAAUGUUUGCUGCUCAAGCAGGUGCUAAAAAAGUCAUAGGGAUUGAUCAAUCAGAUAUCAUUUAUAAUGCCAUGGAUAUUUUGAGAGAAAAUGGUCUUGAAUCUCAAGUAACACUUGUAAAGGGAAGGCUUGAAGACACGGUCAUCCCUGAAGAGAAAGUUGACCUUAUAGUAUCUGAAUGGAUGGGAUAUUUUCUCCUGUUUGAGGGGAUGCUGGACAGUGUAAUUUAUGCCAGGGAUAGACAUUUAGCAGAAGGUGGUUUACUUUUGCCAAACCGAUGUACCAUGCAUCUUGUAGGAAUUGAUGAUCCAGGCCGCCACAAGGAAGUUGUGGGGUUCUGGGAUAAUGUGUACGGAUUCCGAAUGAGUACACUUGCAGGAGAAGUUCUGAAAGAACCAUUUGUCGAGGUUGUGCCAAGCAGUGCUGUAGCAACUUCAUCUCAUACUUUAGUUGAGCUGGAUCUCAUGACAUGUUCUACAAAAGAUUACUCAUACAUUUCAAGUCCAUUUAAGCUGGAGGCCUCUCGGGACACUGCCAUUACUGCUCUCGCUGGUUACUUUGAUACAUUCUUUGAUUUGCCAGUUGAAAAGGUAUCGUUUACCACUGGACCACUAGGAGAACCGACUCACUGGAAACAGACAGUGUUUUACCUUAAAAAUCCUAUCUUAGUCAAAAAAGGGGAUAUUAUAGAGGGGCACCUUUUAUGUCAACGUCACAAAAAAGAGAUAAGAUCGUUGGAAGUAUGCAUUACUUUGCCUGGAAUGAAGCAGAAUUAUUGUAUGUCUAGCUGCUCUGUAUCAGAUACAUAAUUGAAAGGAUUUAAUAUUAUUACUGGUUUGAAAACAAAUACAACUGAACGUUCUUAUUGGGCUAGUUUGAAUGACAUAUUGCAUGUAAUUGUUGCCGGAAAGUCUUUUGACAAGCACAGGGUAUCAAAUUUGUAUGGUGGCGUACCUUUUAGUCUUUACAAUCUGAUUAACUAAGAUGGCAGUGUGUUUUGAGUACUUUAAGGUUACGAGAUUUUAAUGUUAUUACAGCUUUUAUCAUGAAAUUAUUAUUAUUAUUGGAUACAUGAUUUGAGCUGCUGGUUUAGUGUCCUGUAAAUGUUUCAAUAAAUAUUGCUAGAAAUCCG